AUGUCAGCCACUGUAUUAAUUAAACAAAAGGAUGUUGAUCAGCUAUCAAUAGCAACCCAUGGAAGUGCGUAUGUAAAUUUUAUAAAAAUUUCUGACGAGAUUACCGAAAAUGGCACGAUGCUAGGCGAUGUAAUAGUUCACAAAAACGCACCUGAGAUUAAUGCGCCUGCUGAUGCUAAAGUAAGUUGGCUGCGCUCUCAAAUAAUAGGUGGUAGUGCAGGGAUUCUGACUCCAUUUGGAAGACGUUUACUCACAUACGCAGACCACACAGCCUCAGGUCGCUGCCUUCAAUAUAUUGAAGAAUACAUCAUCGAAACUGUUCUUCCCUUCUAUGGCAACACUCACACAAGUGACAAUCACACCGGAGACCAGACCAUGAGAAUACUUCACGAAGCAACUGGCUUUAUUAAAAAAUGCUUAGGUGGAACACAAGACGAUGCAAUCCUUUUCUGCGGAUCGGGCACAACAGCAUCAAUAAAACGUCUGCAAGAAGUCAUGGGAAUUGCCAUUUCUUCGAUUUUAAGAGAGAAAGUACUAAACUCAUGUCUAGAAACUAAAGAAAGAUGGGUAGUUUUUGUUGGUCCUUAUGAACAUCAUUCCAACCUCCUCUCUUGGAGACAAACCCUAGCAGAAGUAAUAGAGAUUGGUAUGGACAAUGAAGGAUUGAUCGACAUGGAUGAUUUAAAGUUCCAUCUAGAGUUUUACCAACAAACUGGACGCCCAAUGCUCGGUUCUUUCUCCGCUUGUAGUAAUGUCACGGGAAUUUUAACAGACACCCGUUCUAUGUCUCGCUUGCUUCACAAGUUUGGAGCUUUCGCAUGCUUCGAUUUUGCAGCAAGUGCUCCCUACGUAGAUAUUGACAUGAGGUCAGGUGCCAUUGACGGAUACGAUGCCAUAGUUUUAAGUCCCCACAAGUUUCUUGGAGGGCCUGGAUCACCAGGGAUUCUUCUAAUGAGUAAGACCUUGUACAAACUAAAAGAUUCUCCUCCUUCGACAUGUGGAGGUGGUACUGUUAAUUACGUUAAUUAUUUUGAUGAAAAGGAUACAUUGUACGUUAGUGACAUUGAAGAAAGGGAAGACGCAGGGACUCCACAAAUUAUCCAACGAGUGAAAGCAGCUUUAGCCUUUCAGGUCAAAGAAUACAUCGGUACCAAAAUAAUUGCAGAGAAGGAGCAUGAAUAUAUUGGGAAGGCAAUAGAGAAACUCGUGAAAAUUGAGAAUAUAAGUGUGUUGGGAAAUACUAAAGUAGAGAGACAAGCGAUCGUAUCGUUUAUUGUUUACACAACUACAGACUCUUCAGAUGAUAAGAGAGACAAGCCUCUUGAUGGUGCUUUCGUUGCUAAGCUUAUGAAUGACUUGUUUGUCGAAAAGGGCUACAUUGGAGCAAAAGCGGGAUGGACAAGAAUAAGCUUCCCAUACUACAUGUCCAAUGAAGAAUAUGAAUUUAUUAUAUCUGCUAUAGAAUUCAUAGCUAUUUAUGGACAAAGGUUUCUUCCCUUUUACGACUUCAAUUGGAAUACAGGCAGUUGGAAGUUUAAAACUAAACCUUUUGAGAAGACAAUGCUAAGUGAGAAGGACCGAAAGUUUUGUAAAUCAUUUUUUACCUGUGCAUCAAAAGCUUUACAUGGGAAAGGCAACAAAUCAAAGACAGAAAAGAUUAUAGAAUCAAAAAGAACAAAUGAUACUCAUUCAUCCAAGUUCAGAUUUUAUUUAGAGGUUGCAAAACACAUAGGUAACAAACUCCCAAAGUUCCCUUCUCAAUUUAGUACUGUUCCGAAGGGCAUAGACAUCAAUGGUGUGGCGUUUCGAGUAUAG